UGCAAAGUCGACAUUCAAGAAAAAGGGUCACCUUUAACGGCCUGGGUGCAUCCGUACGAGAGUUUAUACGAGAGUCAUUUGCCUUUUUUUCGCUGGUUACUCUCGGUCAAGAGUCGGGAAUCGCCAUCUCAUUUCCUUUCUUCCUCACCCCGCUUACAAUCGUUGUAGCUGGAGACCAGGUCCCCAAGCUAUUCUAUUGGAACCUCCUCCCCGCCAACCUGAACCUUUCGUUGGAGCCGCCUCACUCUCGACCGAAACAACAGCCUUUGUUUCUUUCGCGUGUCAUCACACUUUACUUCUGUCGCUGGUCACCGGCGAAAACGAUUCAGCCUCCCUCGCGCCGUUUCGACGAUAAAUUCAACGUCCCUCUGCUGCAUGCGCGCAUCUCCAUCUUGACCUCCACCGACGACCAUCCCAAGCUCGACGACGAUCGACGCCACAGACGCAGGGUCUUUCGCUGCUGGUAUCCUUCAAAGGCGACUCGUCCGCCUUGCCAUUCCUUGUCCCUCCCGUCGUCACCCAUCCGAGUUCUAGCCAUGGAGAACUACCAAAAGUUGGAAAAGAUUGGUGAAGGCACCUACGGUGUCGUCUACAAGGCCCGAGACCUCGCCAACAAUGGUCGCAUCGUCGCCCUCAAGAAGAUCCGCCUCGAGGCCGAGGAUGAAGGAGUCCCCAGCACCGCCAUCCGCGAGAUCUCCCUACUCAAGGAGAUGCGAGAUCCCAACAUUGUCCGUCUCUUUAACAUCGUGCACGCCGAUGGCCACAAGCUAUACCUCGUCUUCGAGUUCCUCGACCUCGACCUCAAGAAGUACAUGGAGGCUCUUCCUGUGAGCGAUGGUGGUCGAGGCAAGGCCCUCCCCGAGGGCUCUUCGCCGCAUCUGAUGCAGCUCGGUCUCGGUGACCAAGUCGUCCGCAAGUUCAUGCUCCAGCUUUGCGAUGGCGUCAAGUACUGCCACUCCCACCGCAUCUUGCACCGCGAUCUCAAGCCCCAGAACCUCCUCAUCGACAAGGAGGGCAACCUCAAGCUCGCCGAUUUCGGUCUUGCCCGCGCCUUUGGUGUUCCGCUGCGCACAUACACCCACGAGGUCGUCACCCUGUGGUACCGCGCCCCCGAGAUUCUGCUGGGUGGACGUCAGUACUCGACUGGCGUCGACAUGUGGUCCGUCGGUUGCAUCUUUGCCGAGAUGUGCACACGAAAGCCCCUCUUCCCUGGUGACUCGGAGAUUGACGAGAUCUUCAAGAUCUUCCGGACGCUUGGAACACCCUCGGAGGAAGUCUGGCCUGGUGUCACAUCGUACCCCGACUUCAAGUCAUCCUUCCCCAAGUGGCAGCGUGACUACAACAAUGUCCUCUGCCACAGCCUCGACGACGCCGGCCUCGAGCUUCUCGAGAUGAUGCUCGUCUACGACCCUGCCGGACGCAUCUCGGCCAAGGCAGCUUGCAACCACCCUUACUUUGAGGAGUACAUACAGCAAGAGCAGCAUGCGUCCAAUCAAUCGAAUGGGUACUAUCACUAG